UAUGUUAAUACAAAAAUUGUAUGAUGGCAACCCUUGUAACCACUUUAUAUCGUAAUUGUUUUUUGCACAAAAUUGUCAAUAUCUGAAAUAUCAAAAUUUGCCAAAUACUUUUUUGUAUAAUUAAAGAUAAAGGUUUUGUGAUUGGUUGUGUUCAUAUACAAUAAGCAAACUUCAAGCAUGAUGGAGGAUAUCGUCGUUAGAAACUUGCCGGUUGAUAAGGAAAACCUUGCCUUUGAAGGUUGGAAUAUAGAAUAUGAGAAAUCACACAUAUUAAAGAGCAUGUGUAAAAAUGGAAAAGAUAAAACUUGCGAACGUGAGGAUCCAUGUGAAUUAUGCACAUACAGCUAUGCGUUAGAACUGCCUCAUCUGCCUGACAUGGUUUUUCAUAAAAACAGACUAACAUUAUUGCAUCAAAAUGGUGCAUUAUUAGAUUUUAAUCCUAUGGAAGCCUUACGGUUUGUAGAUAAUGGCAAACAGCCACUGCAAGUAGCUUGCGCCCAGGAAUGGAAGGAAAGCAGGCCAAAUUGUCAUAUGGAAGAAAAGUUUAAACCUUUUGAUUGGACGUUUACAACUACAUAUCAAGGCACAAUGAAUGAAAAAAUUCGCACUGAACCAACUACUCAGCAAUUGAAUAAGUUCAAACUAAUGCAACGUGAAAAAAUACUUUUCUAUCACGAUUUAACGCUUUAUGAGGAUGAACUGCAUGAUCAUGGCAUUUCCUCAUGCUCUGUUAAAAUUCGUGUGAUGCCAUCAGGAUUUUAUAUUUUAUUGAGACACUUUUUACGUGUCGAUGAUGUACUUAUUAAAAUGCAUGAUACUCGGUUUCAUUAUGAGAUCGAAAAUGAUUAUAUAUUUAAAGAAUACACAAAACGAGAAGCUACUUACGAUGAACUCAAAAGUGUACCACCAGCAUUAUACACCAUACCAAACGAAAUAGAAAACUUCUUACCCAUUAAAAUGAAAGAAUCAUCUAAAUUAUUUUUUAAAUAAUAACACCUAGAUUUGUGAAUUAAAUAAAAUGAAUUAGUUAUUAAAACUUUUUAAAAAAGCAAUAUAAUUCAUGACUCUCAAUAAAAACAAAAUCA